AUGGCUUCUGUGAGACAGUUCCCCACCAUCAAAGCCAUCAGGUCAUUUGUGAUCGGCGGUGUUGGCUCGGGUGGUGACUACCACAACGUCAAGGGUGGCCACUGGUUGAUCGAUACGGACAUCUCGACGCCCUGUUCCAUAUGGGACCAGUACAAGAAGUCAAGGACGAGUUGGGGCAUCAACGUUCUGGGCUCCUUUCUCGUUGAGAUCGAGGCUAGCGACGGCACCGUAGGCUUCGCAACGGGCUUUGGUGGCCCGCCUGCCUGUUGGCUCGUCCACAAGCACUUUGAGAGGUUCCUGAUAGGGGCCGAUCCCAGGAACACAAACUUGCUAUUCGAACAGAUGUACCGGGCCUCCAUGUUUUAUGGCCGCAAAGGCCUGCCAAUAGCCAUCAUCUCAGUCAUUGACCUGGCAUUGUGGGACCUGUUGGGUAAAUUGAGGAACGAGCCUGUGUACAAGCUCAUCGGCGGCGCGGCGAGGGAGCGACUUGACUUCUACUGCACCGGUCCCGAACCUGUCGCCGCCAAGGAGAUGGGCUUCUGGGGUGCCAAGGUGCCGCUUCCGUACUGCCCAGCAGACGGCCACGCGGGUCUGAAGAAGAACAUCGAGUUUCUCCGCAAGCACCGCGAGAGCGUAGGGCCCGACUUCCCCAUCAUGGUGGAUUGCUACAUGAGCCUGAACGUAUCGUACACCAUCGAGAUCGCCAAGAAGUGCGAGGACCUCGACAUCAACUGGUGGGAGGAGUGCCUGUCCCCCGACGACACCGACGGCUUCGAGCAGAUCAAGCGGGCCCACCCGACGCUCAAGUUCACGACGGGCGAGCACGAGUACUCGCGGUACGGCUUUCGCAAGCUGAUCGAGGGCCGGAACCUCGACAUCAUCCAGCCCGACGUCAUGUGGCUGGGCGGCCUGACGGAGCUGCUCAAGGUGUCGGCCAUGGCGGCUGCGUACGACAUCCCCGUGGUGCCGCACGCGAGCGGCCCGUACAGCUACCACUUUGUGAUCUCGCAGCCCAACAGCCCCUUCCAAGAGUACCUGGCCAACUCGCCGGACGGGAAGAGUGUACUGCCCGUGUUCGGCGACCUGUUCCUCGACGAGCCCAUUCCUACCAAGGGUUACCUGACCACGGCGGACCUCGACAAGCCCGGGUUCGGCCUGACGCUGAACCCCGUGGCCAGGGCCAAGCUGAUACCCUCCGAGUAUCUGUUGAGUUACCCGGCACUGACGAAUGGCCUGACGCCCGCGGCCGUGUCAGAACAGCCACCUGCCGCUGCCACUGCCGCGGACUCGAAGCCAGAGGAGGAAACGCAAGCAACGGCGGAGAAGGAAGGGCUGGUGGACCGCCUCACUGAUGGCGUCAAGAACAUGACAGCCGCGUAG